UCAUUAGCUGCAGUUCGGAUGAAGAAAGGGUGACCAACGUUCCUGUUUUCAUGUCAUGUCCUGGCUGUUUUUUUUAUAAAGUGAUGGACCAGUUUGGAGAUUGUCCGAACACAGAAACAACUCCUGGUGACCUGACUGAGAUCCAUCAGUGACACUAUUAUAAAGAUGGCAUUUAUUAAAGUGGAAAAUGGGGACAUGGAGACUGUAGAAACAUUCAGAGUGAAAGAAGAAGAAACUGAGGAACAAACAGACCUGAUGCCGCUGAAAGAGGAGCUUCACGAACUUGAUGAUGUAAAGGAAGAGAAACUUAAAGUAAUAACUGUGGAAAACGUUUCUGACUGCUGGCUGACUGAAAAGACUCCCUCACAAGAAACCGCUGAAGAGACGGGGAGUAAACGUUAUUUCAUCUGCUUUCAGUGUGGAAAGACUUUCAGCCAACAUGAAAACCUUGAAGCUCACAUGAAGAUUCACAGUGGAGAGAGCGCUUACCCCUGCCAAGAGUGUGGAAAAGGUUUCUCUGGAAAGGGAGGCCUUAAAGUCCACAUGAGAAGUCACACUGGUGAGAAACCGUUCAUCUGCCCUCAGUGUGGAAAGAGUUUUGCACAUCAUGCAACGCUUAAUGACCACAAACGAAUUCACACUGGAGAAAUGCCUUUCACAUGUGAUCGGUGUGGAAAGAGUUACAGACGUAAAAUAACCCUUAAUGCCCACAUGAGGACUCACUCGAGAGAAAACUGCUUUAAAUGUCUUCAAUGCGAAGAGAGUUUCACAGACAGCAAUGACCUGAAGAGCCAUGUAAUGACUCACAUUGGAGAGAAGCCUUUCAUGUGCGAUCACUGUGGAAGGACUUGCUCAAGCAAAUCAAACCUUGAUGUUCAUGUGAGACUUCACACUGGAGAGAAGCCUUUCACCUGCCCUCAGUGUGGAAAAGGUUUCAAUGAAAAAGGGACCCUUAAAAUCCACCUAAGACUUCACACUGGAGAGAAACCUUUCAUAUGUUUUCAGUGUGACAUGAGUUUCACAUAUCGAAGAGACCUGAAGCGUCAUUUGCGAGGUCAUCCUGGAAACAGCAGCGUUAUGGUUGGUCUGCCGAUGCCAGAACGUGUCCGAAACAAAACGCCCCUAAUCUGAAUCUUGACUCUGGAGGCUUCCUAAAGCUCAGCAAGUGUACACAUUUUAAGAACUGUAACUAUGUCGAUUUAAAUGCAUGCUUGAUGAUGAAACGUUGGAAGAGCUAGUUACUCAACCCGAUCGUUCAUUGCAAAGGUUGACUCGAGCAGGACAUCCUUCAGCGAUAAGUUUUCACUCAGUUUGUCAUCCAUUACGAUGUUGCGUCUUUAAUUCCACUACAUCAGCAUUAACAAGUUUUUUUCUCCAUCCAAUUUAAUUAGUUCAACUUAAAGUUUAACUUAGGAUUUAACUACUCGUCCAUGCAUUCGAGCUCCAAGCCGCUCCACAGAAUAAUUUUCGAUUUUCCCCUGUUUAUUUGGCCUAAACAUUUAUUUGGCCUUAAAAAAAACUGAGGGUUUUUUUUUUCUUUGGUUUUCUUACCGAAACCUUUUGGAGAACUGAAAUCCUUAAGUGCAAGGCCUUUUCAGAUCUGCUCGGUUACACAGCUUUUCGGUUUUCUUACCGAAACCUUUUGGAGAACUGAAAUCCUUAAGUGAAAGGCCUUUCCAGAUCUACUCGGUUACACAGCGUAUUACGUAAGGGUCGGUCUCGACCCUGUGUUUGGAGGAUGGUUUCCAUAAUUGUUUGAUCUCCUCCUCAGGUUUGCGGAAAUUGUUCGUCCACCCCUCCUGGCCAAUCAGCCGUGCCACUGUAACCUGAAAGACAAUAAGACUUUGCUCAUGCAAAAGUUAAUGGGUUAAUGGGUAACAAUGAUGGAUUUGGAGACUUAGAGUGAAAAUAUUAUUUUCUUCGGGCAUACUGGGAGAGGCGCCACUUUUUGUAGUAAUAGCGGUCUCCCAGUAACCCAUAAUCAAUGCGUUGCCUCUUUGAUGGUGGCUAGCCCUCCAGUGAAACUGGAAACAUAUCUAAAGACUGGGAGAAAGACUGCCGCAUGCUGGUUUCAGCAACGGCUGUACCCUUGUCCGAACAAGUCCUGUAUAAUUGGGGAAUACAAAGUUUAUAUUAAUAUACAAUAACUGUGGACAAUUUGUUAAUCUGCUGUACAAAUUGUUUGUGAUAUGUCCUUGAAAAAUGAAAAGACAUGCAGGGCAAGGAGUACAAGAGCUUGGCUGCAUCAAUCAAGUACUCCUUACACACCGUACCGGCACUAUGGGCCAAGUACAGAUUAAUGGACUCCAGUUGGUGUGCUGUAAAAUGUUUGACAACCAACCCAACAGCCCUCCACACAUCCUGGCUGGUUAACAUGUCCAGUGUAUACCUGUAGAAAUAAAAUAUUAAGGAAAUGUUAAUCGUGAAAUGACUGUGACUGACAAGAUGUGCGUAUAAAUUCACACAGUGCGCAUUGAUCCGUGUAGUAUGUACAUUGAAUGAAAAACCUUCACCUUAACUAUUGUCUGACAUUUUUAAAUGCCAGAAGCAGACCUAAUAGACCUAGCCAGGAAAAACCCAGACAACUUACAGCAAAUUUUGAUUUGCUCUGCAAGUUAGUCUGGCAAAGAGCUCAUUCAUGGCCAUUUCUAAUCCAAUGAAAUCGCAGUACAAAUCAGAAACGUUGGGACAGGCUUACACGAUGACGACAGCACAGCGACGGUGAAGCAGAUUUUGUACAUUUACAAAGAUGGAUGCCGCUGUAGAACUAGGGGUGUGACCGUUUGAGUUGAACACAGUCAUUCUAUAACCGCUAAAACCAUGUUAUAAAAUUAUUUUUUUCA